CUCCCGCUUCCGCGCCGGCCGGUCGCCAACCUGCCGCCGCUCUCCGGCUCCGGCUGGGUCUCGCGCGCUUGGGCGCGGCUGGGUCUAUUCGUAAGGGGCCUCGCGCCGCUGGGCGCACGCCGUCCCCCUGCCUCGCGGCGCGGGGUCUCGCGGGCCCCGCUCCCGCCCUCCGCUCGCCUGGCCCGGACCGGAAGCGGCGCCGCACGGCCUGGGCCUGGCGCGGGGGGCGGGCACCGGGGCCCGAUCGGACAUGGGCAAGAAGCACAAGAAGCACAAGUCGGACAAACACCUCUACGAGGAGUAUGUGGAGAAGCCCCUGAAGCUGGUCCUCAAAGUGGGAGGGAACGAAGUUACCGAGCUCUCCACGGGCAGCUCUGGGCACGACUCCAGCCUCUUUGAAGACAAAAACGAUCAUGACAAACACAAAGAGAGAAAGCGGAAAAAGAGAAAGAAAGGAGAGAAGCAGAUUCCAGGGGAAGAAAAGGGGAGAAAACGGAGACGUGUAAAGGAGGAUAAAAGAAAACGAGAUCGUGACCAUGUGGAUAUUGAGGCAGAAAAAGACCUACAGUGUCAGGCCCCUGUACGAUUAGACUUGCCUCCUGAGAAGCCUCUUGCAAGCUCCUUAGCCAAACAAGAAGAAGUAGAACAGACACCUCUUCAAGAAGCUUUGAAUCAACUGAUGAGACAACUGCAGAGAAAAGACCCAAGUGCUUUCUUUUCAUUUCCUGUGACUGAUUUUAUUGCCCCCGGCUACUCCAUGAUCAUUAAACACCCAAUGGAUUUUAGUACCAUGAAAGAAAAGAUCAAGAACAAUGAUUACCAGUCCAUAGAAGAACUGAAGGAUAACUUCAAACUAAUGUGUACUAACGCUAUGAUUUACAACAAACCAGAGACGAUUUAUUAUAAAGCUGCGAAAAAGCUGUUGCACUCAGGGAUGAAAAUUCUUAGCCAGGAGAGAAUUCAGAGCCUGAAGCAGAGCAUAGACUUCAUGGCAGACUUGCAGAAAAGUCGGAAGCAGAGAGACAGGACAGACACCUCGCAGAGUGGGGAGGACAGCGGUUCCUGGCCAAGAGAGAGGGACGAUGCUGGAGACGCUGAGGCUCAGGGCUUCAAGAAUCCCAAUAAGGAAAAUAAAAAGAAAGACAAAGAUGUGCUGGAAGAUAAAUUUAAAAGCAAUAAUUUAGAAAGAGAGCAGGAGCAGAUUGACCGCAUCGUUAAGGAAUCUGGAGGAAAGCUGACCAGGAGGCUUGUUAAUAGUCAGUGUGAAUUUGAAAGGAGAAAACCAGAUGGAACGACAACAUUGGGACUUCUCCAUCCUGUGGAUCCUGUUGUAGGAGAACCAGGCUAUUGUCCUGUGAGACUGGGGAUGACAACUGGAAGACUUCAGUCUGGAGUGAAUACUUUGCAGGGUUUCAAAGAAGAUAAAAGGAACAAAGUAACUCCAGUGUUAUACUUGAGUUAUGGACCCUACAGUUCUUAUGCACCACAUUAUGACUCCACGUUUGCAAAUAUCAGCAAGGACGAUUCUGAUUUAAUCUAUUCAACCUAUGGGGAAGACCCUGAUCUCCCCAGUGAUUUCAGCAUCCAUGAGUUUUUGGCCACAUGCCAAGAUUAUCCAUAUGUUAUGGCAGAUAGUUUACUGGAUGUUUUAACAAAAGGAGGACAUUCUAGAACCCUGCAGGAGUCAGAGACGUCAUCUCCUGAAGACGAAGGCCAGACUAGGAUACUUGACACAGCAAAAGAAAUGGAGCAGGUUACAGAAGUUGAACUAACAGGGUGUUUGGACUCCAAUAAUCAAGACAAGCUUACAGCACUGAAAGCAGUAACAAACUUUGGAGCUCCGGUUGAAGUUUUUGACUCUGAAGAAGCUGAAGUGUUCCAGAGGAAACUUGAUGAGACCACCAAACUGCUCAGAGAGCUCCAGGAAGCCCAGAAUGAGCGUCUGAGCACCAGACCCCCUCCCAACAUGAUCUGUCUCUUGGGUCCGUCAUACAGAGAAAUGCAUCUUGCUGAACAAGUGACCAAUAACCUUAAAGAACUUGCACAGCAAGUAACUCCAGGUGAUGUUGUAAGCACAUACGGAGUCCGAAAAGCGAUGGGGAUUUCCGUCCCCUCCCCGGUCAUCGCAAACAACCUUGUGGAUUUAACGGCAGAUUUUGAAGAACCUAAAAAGACUGAUGUUACUGAGUGUGAACCUGAUGGGAUUUGAAUCUAUCUGGAAAUUAUAACCAAAUGGUUCCUGACUUAGCAGAUUUCACUUCGAGGAUUUAUUCAAAAAGUGGCCUUGUGAGGAAGGAAUGAUUUGGACCUAUUGGAACACUGAGCAGAGAGAGGAUGGGUGGGCCUGGGCAGAGUUCCUGCAGAGGAGUGAUAGUGCUGCUUCCUUACGUUUCACAGGCAGGACCACGACUGAGAACUCUUCUUUAAAAUUACCAUCCAGUGAGAUUCCCAUUGUUACACCAGGAAAACAAAUUCAACUCGAGAAUUUACUAGCGUGUCCCCCACAUGUUGAGGACUAUGUCCUUAUGUGGAAGGACCAGGGCUUUCCACCACAAAAGCAAAACAAAAACCAUGUCAGGAGUUUCAUAGCACUAACUUGUCUGGUGUUCCUUUUUGGUUUAUUUUUGCCAUUUAUAGAGGGGUUUUCCCAGUAUAAUAAAAGGACAAGCCAAAUAGGAUACAAACUCAAUUGUCCAUGAAUAUGUAAGGAAAUCACCAAGCUUAAGGAAUGUUGAUGUUGCUGUUUACUGUUUUUCAACAGGUCACCUAUGACUCUGCCAUGCCCCCUUAACUGAGACUUAUCUACUUUUAUCUGAAAGGCAACGGUUAAGUUCCUGAGCAGUUUAAUUAUUUAAGUAGGAAAUGAUAUGUGGUCCUCUUCUAUGACCGGGCACUAGACGUAACCUAGUUCAGGGAACAAAUCAAGUUUCAGACCCUACUCAGACUGCAUGGAGCCCUUCUUUAAAACACCCAGGCUGGAAGCUGUUUUUAUUAUUUUCUUGACUUUGAAAACUAACAUUUAACAAGUAGGGUGAAGGAAAAUUGAAUCUCUCAAGAGAGUUAAGAUGACCUAAUCUUUCAAAAACAUACUUGAAAGCAUAUGCCAGAAGAAUUAAAGAAUCCAUUCAAAUAUGUAUUUAUCAAUAUAUUUAUCAAGUCUUUUUUAGAGUUUGUCUCUGAAAUAUAAUUCAGGCAGCAACCAACUCUUAAAACUUUCAAUCUAUUUAGCUAAAUAGUUCCCAAAGACCAAGAAAAGAUUUAAAUUCAAAACACUCCAGGACAGUCAGGUUUUCCAGAUUGCUGAUUUAAUCUAUGAAAAGCUAAACAAAAGAGAAACACUGGUACUUUAUAAAAAUGAAAUAUAACAUUUUGAAACAAAUGUUACAGAUCUAUAAAUAUUCAGUAUAUAGAAUAA